GACUCGGGAAUGAGGAGAGUAGAGGAGAGGUUGGUAGACUCCUAGUUAGAAGCUGAUAGUUAGAGGGAGCCCAUCCAUGGCGUUGCGGAGCCUGACGGUGCCUCUGCCCGCCGUAAUUCCACCAACCUCCUCUUCCUCUUCCUCUUCUUCUCGCCGGUAUAGUCUUACACAAAACAACCAGUACAAUCCCCCUUGCUAUGUCACUCUCCGCCGCACCCCUACCGUCGUCGUUCACAGCCUUCGGAUGCGACGGCAUGUCGUUCGGAUGGCUCCCGAGGAGGAAAGGUUGACCCGUCGCUCCCCUCUCGAUUUCCCCAUCGAAUGGGAAAGACCAAAACCUGGGAGGAGACCAGAUAUAUUUCCCCAGUUUAGCCCUAUGAAAACACCUUUACCAACUCCAAUGCCAGCAGAUCCUCCCGAAGAAGACGAAGAAGAGGAAGAAAAGAAAGAGGAUGACGAAGAAGGAGAAGACAAUCCUGACAAGGAGAACCCAGGAAUCCCAGAAGAAUAGUUGUGCAUCACACUAGAGUAUGUGGAGCAUAUAUCACUUCAAUGUACAGCUGCCUUGUCUGUUUUCAAGCUUGCCAAGUGCGGUUGAUACAAUCGAGUAGAAUAUGAUAUAGAGUUGAAGCUGUUGGAACCAACUUUUAGGAAAUCUACUUUAAAUGUCAUGCCUGUAGCAUUCUUACAUAUUAUGCCUUAUGAUUUAACAACUCUAAAUCUGGGUUGA